AUGUCACGAUUAAUUACGUUAGUUCCCCUCCGUUGUACCGCGUUACGAACAAGACUCGCAUUUCCGGAUGUUCCAUCUACCAGUUUUAUCGUAUCACCAUUUAAUAUUCGUUUUUCGCCGACACCACUUGCAGAAUUUCUUCUAAACACGCGAGGUUUUCGUCAGAACAACGAGAGGAUAAAAUCAGGGAAAGACACUUCUAGAGAUAAGAACAAAGCACGAAGAUCAGGUUAUCGUCCACCAGAUUAUCCGUCGUAUCGUCCAGAUGGCAGACAUAGUGCCGAUAGCGAAGGCGACAAUGACGAAGAUCCAAGAAAUGAACUUCUGGCCAAAAUGAAACGGUUUUUUGCCAUAUCUCUCUUUGCGUAUGGGAUUCUGUACAUGAUCAGCCCUAAAUCGGAUGGUCCUACUGGUUUUGUGGCCAUAACUUGGAGUGAAUUUGUUAAUCAAGUCCUUCCAACCGGACAGAUUCACAAGAUUGUCGUUUUUCCUGAAAAAGAUGUUGCAUAUAUCUAUACCUAUGCUGGAUCGAAGAUGCACUCGGGAGAGCCGAUGGCAGCAAUCUACCGUAUGGGGAUUCCAAGUGUGACACGAUUUGAAGCGGAAGUUCGAGCUGCUGAGGCAGCGGUACAAUUACCACCGGAACAUUGGACGCCAAUCCAGUAUCGCCGUAUGGAUGUGGUCAGCCAGUGGUUGACACUUAUCCUUGUUAGUGGCCUUGCGAUCGGCGCAUACCUUCUUUUCCGCAAAUUCAAAGGAUCUUUCAAUAUCUCCGACAUGAUGUCCAACAUAACGAAAGGGAAGUAUACAGUUAUUGAUCCACACAGCCCAGAGGGAAAGAAACAACUAAAAAUCAAGUUCAAGGAUGUAGCUGGCUGCUUUGAGGCUAAACAAGAAAUCAGUGAAUUUGUUGACUACCUCAAAAAUCCAAAUAAAUACACAAAAUUGGGUGCAAAGCUGCCUCGAGGAGCUUUACUAACUGGUCCACCAGGAUGCGGAAAGACAUUGAUUGCAAAGGCGUUAGCAGCUGAGUCUACCGCUCCUUUCAUUUCCAUGAAUGGAUCCGAGUUUGUUGAAGUUAUCGGUGGUCUUGGUGCUUCUCGAAUUCGUGGUCUUUUCAAAGAAGCUCGAUCUCGUGCCCCAUGUAUAAUCUAUAUUGACGAAAUUGACGCUAUUGGAAAGAAACGAAGUGAAUCGAAAGGAGGUUUGGGUGGAGGUUCUAACGAAGAAGAACAAACGCUCAAUCAACUACUAGUUGAAAUGGAUGGAAUGGGAAGCGGACAAGGCAUUGUGGUCUUGGCCAGCACAAAUCGACCAGAUACUUUGGAUAAGGCUUUACUGAGGCCCGGACGAUUUGAUCGACACAUAAGUAUCGACUUACCGACAGUAAUUGAACGAAAAGAAAUGUUUGAACUGUAUCUUAAGAAAAUUAAGCUCGACCAUCCAUUUAACAAAUAUGCUCAUCGAUUGGCACAAAUGACACCAGGCUUUACUGGUGCUGACAUCGCUAAUGUUGUUAAUGAAGCCGCUAUUCGCGCUGCUUCUACUGGGAAGCGUAUUGUUUCUGUGAGAGAGUUGGAGUACGCCAUGGACCGGGUUCUAGCUGGUGCGGAGAAGAGGUCACGUACUCUAGUUGAGGAGGAACGCGAAAUUGUCGCCUAUCACGAGGCUGGGCACGCUCUUGUUGGUUGGCUACUAGAACAUACAGAUGCUCUUCUCAAGGUCACUAUUAUUCCUCGCACUUCGGCUGCCUUAGGUUUCGCGCAAUAUAGUCCCAAGGAUAAAAAACUGUUUAGCAAAGAAGAGCUCUUUGAUCGAAUGUGUAUGAUGCUAGGUGGUCGUGCAGCAGAAAACAUAAAGUUUGGGCGGAUUACUACAGGUGCAGAAGACGAUCUCAAGAAGGUGACAAGAUCUGCAUAUAAUCAAGUUAAAGUCUAUGGCAUGAACAACGUGGUCGGCACAUUAUCCUUCCCUCCAGACGAUGAUUUCAAAAUUAAACCAUUCAGCAAAAAAUUUGGACAUAUCAUGGAUCAGGAAGCUAGCACCUUAGUAGGUCAGGCAUACCGUGCCACAGAGGCUCUUUUAAGAAAAAAUGCGGAUAAGCUUGAAUUGAUCGCUCAAGAAUUAUUGAAGCGAGAAAUGCUGAACUACGACGACGUCAAGAAUCUCAUUGGACCUCCACCACACGGUGACAAACAAGUUGUCGAUCUAGUGGACAAUGUCCUACCUAAAGACGGGAAAUAG